GUAAAGGAUCCUCUGUGUGGAGAUAGAGAGCGAUAUGGCUGCGCUGGCUCGGUCAGCCCGCUCUCGGUCAGGGAAAGCGCUGGUCCGGGUAGCGACGGGGUCAAGGGCCGGUCACAGCAGCGCGCCCAAAACCCAGUAUGACGCUGUUAUUAUCGGAGGAGGGCACAAUGGACUGGUUGCAUCAGCCUAUCUCCAGAAGGGGGGCCUGAAAACUGCAGUUCUAGAGCGCAGACAUGUACUUGGUGGAGCUGCUGUAUCUGAAGAGAUUAUUCCAGGUUUUCAUUUUUCCCGGGCCUCCUAUCUCCUGAGUUUACUACGUCCUCACAUUUAUCAGGAUUUAGAGUUAAAGAAACAUGGCCUGAAGGUAUACUUGAGGGAUCCCCAUGCCUUCACCCCCCUGCUAGAAGAGGGAGUUAAGGGGCAGCCCCCUCGUUCCCUUUUGCUUGGAAAUGAUCUGAAAAAGAAUCAGCAAGAGAUUGGAAAAUUCUCAGAGAAAGAUGCCAAGAUUUUUCCUGAGUAUGUGGCCCAUUUGGAGAAGCUGGCCUGUGCAAUCCAUCCGCUCCUGGAUGCUCCCCCUGUUGACAUCCCAGGAGUGACCCAGGGAUCUCUAAGGAAUAGAAUAGCAGCAUUAAAGAGUUUGAAACCUUUAGUGCAAUCUGGGUUAAAAUUGGGAAAAAAUAUACCAGAAUUCUAUGAGCUUAUAACAGCUCCCAUUAUGAAAGUGUUGAACCGCUGGUUUGAGUCUGAGCCACUGAAAGCAACGUUAGCCACUGACUCUGUGAUAGGAGCUAAUACGAGUCCCAGUAACCCGGGUAGUGGGUAUGUCCUGCUGCACCAUGUGAUGGGUGAGUUAGAAAAGGAGAAGGGAGCCUGGGGGUAUGUGGAGGGAGGUAUGGGUGGAGUCUCCAAAUCCAUUGCAAGCUCUGCACGUGCUCUUGGUGCUGAUAUCUUUACUGAACAGGAGGUUGGGCAAGUUCUGAUUGGUGCAGAUGGUACUGCUAAAGGUGUGGUUCUGAAAGAUGGUACUGAAGUUCGUAGCAAGGUGGUUUUGUCCAAUGCAACUCCUCAUGUAACCUUCAGGAAACUCACUCCACAGGAUGCACUUCCCCAAGAGUUUAUUACUGCAGUAAACCAGAUUGACUACACCUCUCCAGUCACCAAGAUUAAUGUGGCGGUUGACAGACUGCCAAAUUUCUUGGCUGCCCCCAACACUGCUGAUGGGAAGCCAGGUCCUCAUCAUCAGUGUUCCAUUCACCUGAACUGUGAGAGUGUGGAGGUAUUGGAGAAAGCUUACAAGGAGGGCCAGCAAGGACAUCCAUCAUCAAGACCCAUGCUGGAGUUGACCAUACCCUCAGUACUUGACCCCACUCUAGCCCCCCCUGGCUGUCAUGUAGUGUCUUUCUUUACACAGUUCACCCCUUACUGGCUGGAAGGGGGGCGUGUAUGGACUGAUGAGGACAGGGAGAAAUUUGCAAACACAGUGUUUGACUGGGUUGAUUGUUAUGCACCUGGAUUUAAAAACUCAAUAGUGGGCAAGGAUAUCCUCACGCCUCCUGAUCUGGAGAGGGAGUUUGGUCUCACUGGAGGGAACAUAUUCCAUGGUGCAAUGUCACUGGAUCAGCUCUACUUGGCUAGACCUUUGCCCUCCAUUGCAAACUACCGUUCACCAAUCAAAGGGCUCUACAUGUGUGGCAGUGGUAGCCAUCCAGGUGGGGGUGUUAUGGGAUCUGCUGGAUGGAAUGCUGCCCUGGCUGUCCUGGCUGAUCUUAAACGACGAUAAAGUGGAACCUGCCAAGCCAAAAAAAUCCCAGAAAACCAAACCAGAGUUUUUGAUGCUUUCUUACAUCUCCAAUGUGAUUUUUUUGUACUAAUAAUAAUAUUUUAAUGAUAUUUUAACUUUUUAUAUCUUAACAGUGUUAAGAAUUUUAUAGAAAGGACUAUUUAGUAGUAAAUGAAGGAAUUUUAAUUCACUUGUAAUUAUGGUAGUGGUUUUAACAUUAACUGAAAAAGCCUUAAAAAUCCCUGAAUGCACCGUUUUUUCCUCAACCUGCUGUUUUCAUUCUCUGCUGUGUCCUUGGCAUACUGCAGAAUCUUACUGAAGUAGACGGGGUUGACUUUAAGCUUUGAAACAACUGCUAUGGAAAAUGCUAAACAGGAAAAGAUGCCUCUGUGAUCUGGCACGGUAAUAAAUAUUUAAUAAACAGAUAGAAUAAGUAGAUAAGUAACACAUUUUUAAUAAAAUAAAAGUUUAACAACAUCUUUUAAA